GUUUUCUUUUGCUGCACACAGAAGAAAAAUUAUAAAGAGGAAGGAAGAAUAGGUGACCCGUCGUCGCUUCUUAUCCUCCCUUUAAUCUUCUUGUGAUAUCCAUCUUUCAUGAAAGAAACUAUGUACGGAAGCAGCCAUCAGCCGACGCCUUCUUCUGACGAUAUGAAAAGAAAGCGAAGUGGGCUUUCUCUGAAUCGUGGAAACACGCCAACAAGCAUGAAUAUUUUCAAAGCAACCAGCGAAAAAAAGGCGACGCAUACCAGUAAAGAGGUUUUGAUCGACGUGAGUACAGGCAUGUCGUUGCCGUAUUCCUCUAAUGAUCCUCCGCCUCCAUCGCCGUCAUCAAGUGCGACAACUACGAUGGAUGAUGUGCCAAAGAACAAGAAAGAUCAAACUGAAAACAUGCGCGCUGGGGGUCACUAUGGCUGGCUGGUUGUUCUCGGAUCAUCACUAGCAUCUUUUACAGUGUUCGGAACUAUGAUGAGCUGGGGUGUCAUGCAAAAUUAUUGUGUACAUCAUCUUUUUGGUGAUUCUAGCCAGAAUCGGACACUUGUCAGCUUUGCGGGAACACUUUGCUACUUUGUAUCGGAUGUCUUUACGCCUUUCGCUUGCAUGUUGGAAUCUCUCAUUGGCACUCAACCUGCAUUACUUCUUGGCACUUUUCUUGUCAGUGGCGGACUCGUCGCUUCAGGAUCAGCAACAGAGAUUUGGCACCUGUAUUUGUCACAUGGAAUAUGCUUUGGCCUUGGUUCCUCUAUCAUGUAUAUUGUAACUAUGACUAUCACUACUGAAUGGUUUCAGCGGGGAGGAAGGAUGAGCACUGUAAAUGGAAUUGUCACGAGCAGUAUAGGUCUUGCUGGUUUGAUUACGCCUAUGAUUAUGACAGCUUCAAACAGUAAACUGGGCGUCCACUGGACGUUUCGUAUACUAGGACUCACAUUCUUUGGAGCCAACCUCAUUACUACAUUACUUGUUAAGCAAAAAGAUCCAAAAAUGCACCGUGCCGUGAAACAUAUGGGGGACGUUAUCCAGUGGGAUUUAUUGAAGAACACCAACUUGCAAAUCUGGAUUCUGUCGGCAUUCUUGCAAGUACUGUGUAUUUUCGUACCAUAUUUCUUUCUGCCGUCGUAUGCGACCUUUUUGGGUUUAUCAACAGCACAAGGCUCUUCUUUAGUAUCUGUCACUGCUGCUACGAGCUGUAUUGGUCGAAUUUCAGUCGGAUUAUUUGCUGAUCGAGUGGGAAACCUAAAUGCAAGCAUUGUUUUUUCCCUGAUAGGUGGAUUGACAUCUCUACUUAUUUGGACCUUUGCUUACGACUACUCAAUGUUGCUGAUUUACGCAGUAGCCUUUGGAUUUUUUGGUGGAGCGUAUUACACUAUAUUGGCACCUACGCUACGUUUUAUUCUUGGGGCUGAACAAUUUCAUUCAGGUUUCUCUCUCCUGAUGGUGUUGACAAGUCCUGCUAUUGUCGGCCCCACUCUCGCUUCUACAAUUGAGAGUAUAAGCCCGUGGGAGCCAUUCCUCAGCUACAAGAUUUUCUGUGGAAUCGUAUCCAUUACUAGUUGCAUUGUCACGCUCUAUCUAAAGCUUAAACUUAAUCCAGAAAUACUGGCAAAGCUAUAAUAUUUUGAAUCUGAUUAAAGAGCAAGAGUAGUAUAUGUUGGUCCAAUUCAUAUUAUUACAGUCAAGUCGAA